UUGAAUAUAAAAGCCAACACUGAGACAUUACGAAAUACUUUCGGAAAAGGAUUAGUAAGGAUAACAUCGCAUUAUGGAUAAAUUCGUAUUUUUAUGUGUCGUACUCCUGGCUUGUAGUCUUGAAGCUCAUAACGUGCACUUAUCAAAAGAACAAAAAGAAAAAGUACAACAGUACACCGUAGAAUGUAUCAAAGAAACUGGAGUUAAGACUGAGCUCAUAGAAGAAGCGAAAAAGGGCCAAUUGAGCGAUGAUGGGGGCUUCAAAAAAUUCCUAUUCUGCUUCUUUCAAAAAACCGGAAUGCUCACAUCUGAUGCAAAACUUAAUACGGAAGUAGCUUUAUCAAAGCUCCCACCAGGAAUAGACAAAGCUGCAGCUUCAAAAUUGCUCGAUGAAUGUAAAGCGAAGAAGGGCAAAGACAGCGCAGACACAGCAUAUGAAAUCUUUAAAUGUUAUUAUGGUGGUACAAAACAACACGUAAUUUUUGCUUAGGUUUAUUUUAGAAGAAUAUUUUUUAUGAAAUAAAUACUUUAAUUAUAAACAUAUUCAUUAUAUCAACAAAAGCGUUAUAAGAGACAACUUCUUAAGCAUUUUUGUAAUUGUUAUAGUCGAAUGGCAAGUGUUAACAAAGAUUGCAAAUCUCCAAAAAGAAAUUAAAUAACAAUAAACAAGAUAUAUUUAGA